GGGAGUAAGGUUUAUGCAUUUGUGGGUGUAAAUAUGUAUGUAGAGGUGUUCUGCUCUUGUAUGAAAGCUGACAAUCAUUCCUCAUAAUAAGGUGGAGUUCAUACUGUAAAGUUGAAUACAGUCAAUUUGUUGAUCAAGAUAUCGUCAUUUAGUUAUUUGGUUCUUGGUUCAUAUUUAGCAGCAUGUUAACUCUGUUCCUGUUAAAAGGCUGUUUUUGAUGACCAAACAACUAUUGUUUUUACCAAACUGAGAAAAAAAAAAGGAACUUUUGGUUCAAGCUUCAAGUAAAUGAUCUCACGAAUACACUUCAGCAAUGGGAACAAUGCCUCAAACACACACUAGGAACGCAUAUUGAUUUGAAGUUGAUUGCAACAGACCAGGAUAGGCACUCUUUAAUCCAAGCACAGAUUAAUGGAAAAUUUACCAGCCUGCUUUUGAUGACAGAAAUACAGAUAUCUUGGAAAUAACUAGAAGAAUCACCUGCUCUACAAAAGUGCCUGGACUCUGAUCUCAGCUACAAUGUUCUCUACAUGGAUUCUGCAUAUGGCUUCAUUCACUCUGCUGGUCAGAGGGGACAUUAAUAAGUGUACUUUUUAUGAGGUCACGCCUGGGAAAGAAUCUCCGUUGAUGGAUUCCUUGCAGUGCUACAAUGACUACAACACCUAUGGACAAUGCAGUUGGGAGGUUGAUCCACAAGCUACAGGAAACAUAUCCUUGUUUGAACUUCACUGGGUCACAUCUCCUUCAAAAAAAAAAUCGAAAUGCGUCCCGCAAAGACCCGGUGGUGUGCUUUUACCCAAUGGGAAGAUCUCUCACGAGUGUCGCUAUAAAACUAGAAGGUUUAGCCUAACAACAAAUCACAUUCUAUUCUUCACUGCACCCUCUACACCCAGAGCCACAAUUCUCAACGUUGCUCAGCAUGGAAAAGUUAAGGCCCCAACUGACUUGACAGAGGUAAAGGCUGAUGGUGGAAGUCAUCUGCUGUCCUGGAGAAGCCCAUAUCCUGCAUCCUCAAACAUCACAAAAACUCUUGUGUACCAGCUUCAGUAUCGCAGACACAAGCAUGACUGGACUACUGUGGAUAACAUCAAUGAGUCUAAGUAUAUGAUUGACAAGGAGUCACUGUUGCCCGGCUACCACUAUCAAGCCAAAGUGAGAGCGCGGGGUCCUGUAGGACUCUGGAGUGACUGGAGCCCCCUGGUGUCCUGGACGACUCACAAUGAUGAGGAGGUCAGUGGAGUCUAUAACCUGCAGUGUGUGAUAGAGGGAGAAAAAACUGUGACGUGUACCUGGCAAAUGAAGACAGACCAUUUACAGGUUAUGUCUUAUCAUCUCUGGUGCCGUGAUAGUAAUGACGCUGAACCCUCUGCUUGUUGUGAACAUCCUCAGCUGCAGUCCAGAGACGUUGAGCUAUCUGAGUUUAUGUGUUCUGUGACUGUCUCUGACCCUUACCUGUUAACAGUGGAGCUGAGACCAGUGCAAUACAGUAGGACAUUCAAAACUAGUGAACACAUUAAAUUUUCACAACCUGACCAGAUUCAGGUGAUGGAAGAAGAUGGCAUCUUCACAAUGAACUGGUCCGUACCAUUUGUUAAAGAAGGGAUUUCUUACUCCACCGAGCUAAAAAUCUUGUCCCACAAGGACUCAAAGAACUUUACCACUAAACAGGGGGUCAGCUAUUAUAGUAUUCCCUCUGAGAUUCUAAGUCCUUCAACCACAUACCAGGCCCAGAUCAGAUUACUGCACAUACCAGAUAAAAGCUAUAAAGGUCUGCCAUCAGAUUGGUCGGAGCCAGCAGUGUUCACCACUAAGCCAGCAGUUUUAAAGCCCAUCAGCGUUGUCAUCUACAUUUUGGUUCCUGUGUUUGUGGCGGUGGUUUUCAUCAUCUUGUACAAUGCCCUUCCUGCCUGUCACAGAAGGAUUAAAUUAUGGAAGGGAUCGGUUCCAUCGCCCAUAAAGAGCAAAGUGCUGGAGGGGAUAAUCAAGAAGUCUUCCACCGGAUGGCCGCAUCUCCAGAUUGAGAAAGAGGCAACCUCUAUUUGUGUUCUGUUGGCUACAGACAAUAUCAGUAUCUGCAAAAGCAGUGUUUCCCAGGAGCAGCUUUUGUUACACACUGAAGAUGGGAGUCUGAAUGCUGUUAAAAUGGGACAGUCAUGUGGAUCAAACCACUUGUGCACCUACGUAGGGGAAGGCAUGUGCAAAGACAAAUCAGGCAUGAACUUCAGCGGGCCAUAUAUUCUGUGCUGUGAGGAUUCCUGCUCUCAGGACAAAGGACUGGAUAGGUUUACAGACAGAGAUCAAACAUCUGUGUUAGGAAAGACUGAGAGUUUUGCUCCAAUAAAUGGAGGCUAUGUUGUAACUCCUCCCACUGCCAUGCCAGCCACUCAAAACCCCGCCCCUGUUGACAGCCCGACUAAUAAUACAUCAGAUGAACCGCCUGCAUACACCCCCAGCCCAGAUCAGGGUUGUAUGGUCCUCCCUCAUCCAUCCGGCUACUUCAUGAUGCCAUGUGUUUCCUUGGGACAGUCAGAGCCAGUAGGAUAAUCUGGAACAUAAUGAUCAAGGACUCAGUGUUAGGUUGGUGCUUUUCAAAAAAAAAAAAAAAAAAAAUUAAGUGCUUACAGGCUCAAAGAUGGACCCAGAGAUGCAAGCGAGGACCAUGGCUAAAAUGGGCAUGAUAUUAAGCACAAUAAAUGCAGUUCAAAUCUAUUUAAACGGUCACUUAAGAGCAUUGUCUAGCUACACAGAUCUUUCACAUAAUGAAAGCUGGUGAAAAACUCUUUGGAUCCUCCGUAGGACACAGCUGUGCUGUGAUAGUCUCACCAACAGAUGGCAGUAUUGCUUUAAAUGAAUGUAAGAAAAGUCUUAUUUUGAUUUCUCUUCUCCACAGUGCACAACGUGGAAAGCAAACAACGCAUUAGCCGAAAAUGAAUGUUUUUAUCUGUGCCUCUCACAGGCUACUCACUGCAUUGAAUGUAUUCUGCAUUUCUGUUUUGAACCGCUUGACGAACAUUUUCACGCAGAAAUCACAAUUGUUUACAAACAACAACAACAAAAAAGAAAGCUCUGGGAGCAGAAUAAAACUGGAAUUGUAAAAAAUUCUCUUCAAUAAUCAGUACACGCACGCAAAAUAAGCAAAUAUAAUAUAAAAAUAUAAAUCACUUUGUUGUAUUUUAACUUGUUUUGAGAAUGUUAGUUUAUUCGCAUCGCACGAAGAUCAUACUGCGCAUGCUCUCGGAUGAGAGUGUCGCAGGAAUGAAAAGAAAAGAUACUGAGGUACAGAAAGCAACUUGUAUGGAAUUAUUUGUAAAUGAGACUUUUUUUGUAGUAGUAGUAGUGCUUUUAGUAGUGUUUGCUGUUUUCACCAAAUAAUGUAACAUAUAUGACUAUAUAAUAAUAUAUCUUGAUGAUAAAAAAAACUGUGUUGUUUUCCUUAAAGCUGAAGUGUUAUUCCCACACCACUAACAUCACCAAACAAAAGUGCAGAAAUAAUGAGGUUUCCCAAAAUUCCCAGUGUCUUUCAUUAGUAGGCCAAAUAGACAGACCCUCACCAAAUUUACAUCAUUGGCUGAUCCAGACACACAUGGUGCAUCUGAAAUUGCAUACCGUCUGAGUAGAUGCUACUUUGCGACCAUUGAAUUUUUUUUUCUAUAUAGUAUGAAUAUAAUAGAUAGUAUGACUGUAAUCCGGAUGUACUGCAUCCACCAGUUCGUCGCUUCACUGCCAUUCAUAAAUCCUCUCCUGAGGCAUCAUGGGAUAGUAAAGUGUCCAUCGAAUACACACUUCAGAAUCUCAGCAGAAGUAGCAAGUCAUCCGGGUAUUUUUCUCCGACUGUUUUUCGGACAUACUACUCUGUUGGCGUACUGUUUUUCACAUACUAGUAGGGAGGUACUCGAUUUCAGAUGCAGUAUCAGGUUGGUCAAGAUGCUCCACCAAAACACUAAUGUUUUGUUAGAGCCACAGAGGCAAUCUUAUAGUUGUCUCUGGUUAAGGAGAGUAUUAAAAGUGUUUGUUUUCUUAUGCUGGUGUGAUCGCAAGCUAUUUGUACUCAAGCACAAUGUAUUAAAGAUUUUGCUAAAGCUCAA